CGGGCGCUGUGUGAGAGGAGGGCCGGGCGCUGUGUGAGAGGAGGGCCGGGCGCUGUGUCGGUGCUGAGUCGGUGCUGAGGCGGCGGAGCGGCGUGGGCAGACGGUAACAAGAAUUCUGAAAUCAUGGCGGGGAAACCCAAGCUGCACUACACCAAGGGAAGGGGGAAGAUGGAGUCAAUCCGAUGGCUGUUAGCAGCAGCUGGGGUUGAGUUUGAGGAAGAAUUCAUAGAAACGAAAGAAGACUUAGAAAAAUUGCGCAGUGAUGGAGUCCUGCUGUUUCAGCAGGUGCCCAUGGUGGAGAUCGAUGGGAUGAGGAUGGUGCAGACCAGAGCCAUCCUCAGCUACAUUGCAGCAAAGUACAACCUCUAUGGGAAGGACCUGAAGGAGAGAGCCUGGAUUGAUAUGUACGUGGAGGGAACUACAGACCUAAUGGGAAUGAUCAUGUAUCUCCCUUUUCAACCAGCUGAUACAAAAGAAAAGAAUCUUGCCUUAAUCAUUGAACGAGCUACAACCAGGUACUUUCCUGUUUAUGAAAAGGCCUUAAAAGAUCAUGGACAGGAUUAUCUUGUUGGCAACAAGUUAAGCUGGGCAGAUGUCCAUCUGCUGGAAGCCAUUUUAAUGGCAGAAGAAUGUAAGCCUGAUGUACUGUCUGCAUUUCCUCUGCUACAGGCUUUUAAAGGAAGAAUCAGCAACAUUCCAACAAUCAAAAAAUUCUUACAGCCUGGCAGCCAGAGGAAGCCACCAACAGAUGAGAAGUUUGUUGCUGUUGUGAGGAAAAUAUUCAAUAUCUAAUCUGAUGAAGAUAACCCAGCUGUAGUGUAUUACCAGAGCUUGCCUUGUAAGUGUAAAUUGCAUAGAUGUGCUCUGUAACUUGCAUCAUGUGGCCAGUGUUGAAACAGUACACUGUGAAUACACUUUUAAAUUAGAGUAAAAUGCUAAUUUGGACCUGUUGAGUCCAGAAAGAAGACUUUUAUGAAGCAGUUAUAUGAAAUAAAAUAUGCUGACAC